CGAUAGUAAAAGUAUUGUGGUCGUAACGAAUUCAACGCUCUAGAAGGACUAGAAAUAAAUAAAUAUCCUUCCAAAAUCCAGAGAAAUAUCAUCUCACUGCCGAAGAGUUCCAAAACACUAUCAAGACUGCUUCAAAAUAUUUCCACAAUGGCUGGCGGAAAGUACAACGUGGGCAUCAUCGGAUAUGGACUGAGCGCGAAGACCUUCCAUAUUCCUUUCAUCAAGGCGGUCUCCGACUUCAACUUGUACGCGAUUGUUCAAAGAAGUCCGAAGCCCAAUGACGACGCAAGCAAAGACCAUCCAGGUAUUAAGCUAUAUCAUUCAGCGGACGAUCUUUACAAGGACGAUCAAGUUCACGUGGUGAUUGUCACGACAAGCCCAGAGUUACAUCUGGAGAUGGCGAAGGCUGCUCUGCUCGCGAAGAAACAUGUCGUGGUGGAGAAGCCAUUCACUCCCACAGCGGCCGAGGCACAAGAACUCGUCGACACGGCGAAAGCCCAAGGUGUUCUUGUAACAGUGUAUCAGAACCGUCGAUGGGAUUCUGAUUUCCUGACGCUCAAAAAGUACAUCCAGGACGGCAGCUUGGGCAGGGUCGUCGAAUUCGAAUCCCAUUUUGACCGACAUCGUCCUGACCCACCGGCCGAUACGUGGAAGGCACAUCCGACCCCUGGGAAUAGCGCUGUUUACGAUCUAGGCACUCACUUAAUGGAUCAAGUGGUUCACCUUUUUGGUAUGCCCCAGCGAGUGACCGGAUUUGUGGGUUCGCAAAGAGCAGAAAACCCGACCGGCCUGGAGGACUCUUGCACGGUAUUGCUGCACUACCCAGGCAUGCUGGCCACGAUCAAAGCUGGAGUAGUAAGCCCUGAAGUACAGCAGCUACGCUUCUGGGUUCGCGGCGUGAACGGAUCGUUCAAGAAAUUUCACUUGGAUCCACAGGAAGAUCAGUUGAGAAAGCAAGGCUUGGGCCCGGGUGACAAAGGCUACGGCUACGAGCCAGAAGACAGAUACGGAACGCUCAAUGUCUGCAAGAACGACAAGAUUGAAAGUCGGGUCGUGCCAACGGUGGAACCGCCGACGUAUGUUGAGUAUUAUCGAAGACUGGCAGCUACCUUGAAUGGCGAUGCUGCUCAGAUCCCUGUGCCUCCAGAGCAGGCUGUGGGGCUGAUUAAGCUUGUUGAGCUUGCUAGAGAGAGUUCGAAGCUGGGAAAGACGAUGGAGGUUUAGAUCAGUACACAAGAUCAAAACGAUGUGCUUGUUACGAGUAGAUGAACGAGGAGCACUUCUUGGGGUUCGUCUACUUUGCCGUAUAGAUGUCUAC